UUUCACUCCUCUUCGCCACGCUGUGUAACAGGCAACGGGAGAAAAAGCUCCCCGAGUGCUGCUGGAAGUUGAUGGCUAUGUGUGAUGCUCAGACCUCAACAUCGCUUUUCAAUCAGAGUUUUUAAGAUCUGCAUAUGCCAAUGGUUUUACCACACGUAGAAUGGGAUUAACUUGUUCCGGCAAAUAUAUCUCACUGUUUCUUGCUGUUCAGUUAGUUUAUCUGCUACAUGUGGUGAGAGCAACGGGGAAAUGUGAUACAGUAUUCAAAGGGUUCUCCAAUUGCUUGCUGAGACUGGGGGAGAAUAUGGCUAACUAUCCACAGGAGCUGGAUGAGAAGGAAAACCUACAGACCAUCUGCACAUAUUGGGAUGACUUCCACUCAUGUGCGACCACUGCGCUGGUGGAUUGCCAAGAGGGAGCCACAGACCUAUGGGAGAAGCUCAAAAAGGAGUCCAGAAACUUAGAGUUCCGAGGGAGCUUGUUUGAACUCUGUGGCGGGGGGAACGGGGCCUCCAAAUCCACAGUCGCUUUAGGUCUCAUCAUACUUCUAACGGCACUUUCCGCCUUAGUGACUUGGCUUGCAUUUUAGCAAAAACAAACAAAGAAGAAGAUAAAGGGGAAAAAAUGCUAGCUAUUGACACAAAAAUACAAAACAAAAGAGACGUUUGAAUUCAUUUACACCCAAAUGGAUUAUACUUCAUCCGGGGAAGGCGACCUGAUUUUGCUAGAGACAUUGGUCGUCUUCCGGGACUGGUGCACCAUAUUUCUCUGACCUGGGGUCAAUUACAUUAAAUAUUUAGCAGGUAUUGAGUUUAAAUUAUGAUGACAUUUAGAUGGAUCCUCGCCCGGUUACUAUUAAAGUCGACGAUGAAUUAUUUAUAUUAGUAGCCUAGGCCUUGACAUCUGUUAUUUCAGAUGAUUGCAAACUGCUCAUACUCUGUAGGCUAAUGUGAGGCGCGCUUAGCCCAACGAAAUCUCCAGAUCAGUCUCCAAUAUUCACCGUUUAGAUAUGUUAUUUACUUUACGAAAUGUAUCAUGUCGAGCCAAGUAUAAAUGGAAAGGGUUGUUUGAGGAUAUGAUGUUUCUACUUUCACACGAUGCUAAUAGCCUAACUAUCACCCUAGAAAAAAUACAUGUAAAAUAGCAUAGUAAUAAGAAUGAAAAAAAGAGUCCUCUGAUUGAAAAAAAGAGUACAAGCAUUCAAUGGUAGUUUGGUUAUUACGUGAAAAGUAGGGUAUUGCAAUAUGAUGACAAAGUUGGUCAAUGUAGAACGAAAACAGUGGCCGGAGAGUGAUAUGACUGUUGCCAUUAUGUUGACACUUUUACCCAUCAAUUUACGAACAAAUAGAAGCUACCCAUGGGGUAUAGUGUACAUGAAACCAUACACUCCCAAAGUAGGCUACAGUAGCACGAGAAUACUCGGAACGCGAAAUCAAUAGCUGGAUGAAAAGAAAUUAAGCUGGCUUUAUUUGAUGUUGCAUAGACCACUUUUUACUGCCUUCAAAAAUAUGUGUAUUAUGUUUGUUUGUUUUUGGGGAUGUUGCAUAAGAGACUAUGUAUAUCAAA